UGAUUUCGUUACAUUUCGUCGGUAACGCCUUACAGUACGAACAUCUUUGGCGGGAAGAAAAGUAACACGAAAAAAGACGCCACGGAAAUAAAUUUUCUAGAAAUAUUUUAAACGUAAAAUGUUCGUUACAAAAAAGUUGGCGAAAGUGAACAGGGAACUGACGAAGAGAUUAUUCGAAGCUCGCUCUGUGACGUUGAUUUUGAAGAAAGAUUUCUCGCAGAGAGAUGUGGACGUGAAUGAAUUCUUUAAGUUCUACAAUGAGAACAGUUGUCAGGAGGAUCGGUACAAGCCGCUGACUGAGCAGGAUUAUGAUCGAUUUUUGAGUACGAGGGCGGCGCGUAGGGAGCCAGCGCUGACAAGGCAGAUCACAUCCCUCGCCUACAAGGUGGGCAAGGAGAUGAUAUCCCUAGCAGAAGGCAUGCCCAACGAGCAAGUCUUCCCUUUCACACGUCUCUCCAUGGACACAAAGUUCUCUAAACUGGUGUUAGAGGGUAAAGACCUCGCUGCGGCGCUGCAGUAUGUACCGUCUCAAGGUCUCCCAGCCUUACUGUCGGAGCUGCGUAAGUUCCAGUCUGAAGCUCAUCGUCCCCCUGAAGUUCCACGAGACGUGCUCGUCACGAACGGAGGACAGCAUGGUAUCUACCAGUGCGUGGAACUGCUGGUGGAACCUGGUGACCCAGUCAUCACAUGCGAAUACGCCUAUACAGGAAUACAUAGCACUCUAAAACCAUACCAGGCAGAAAUCAUAGGUAUUCCAGAAGAUGAAGACGGAAUGAUACCAGAAACUUUGGACGCAGUUCUAGGGGAGCGGUUGCGACGAGGGUUGAAGAUGCCGAAGAUGAUGUACAUAAUCCCUACUGGCAGUAACCCUACUGGCACAGUUCUGCCCGAAGAGAGGCGGCGACAGAUCUACGAGCUGGCUUGCAGAUACGACUUCCUAAUUGUAGAAGAUGAUCCUUAUAUGUUCUUGAAUUAUACUGAUAGACCAAUCCCAUCAUUUCUUUCAAUGGACACAUGCGGCCGCGUGUUGCGGCUGGACUCUGUGUCGAAGGUAGUAAGUGCUGGUCUGCGAGGCGCCUGGCUGACAGCGCCCAAACCACUACUGCACCGCUUGGAACUACACACGCAAGCUGAACUCUUACAUUCCUGCACUCUAGCACAGGCUAUCCUAUUACAAUUAGUGCAAUGCCGUAAAUCCCUUGCAUCCCACUUGACAAACGCUCGCGAGUUUUAUCGCGAGCGCCGCGACGCUCUCCACGCGGCCCUGAAGCCGGUGGAACAUUUAGCACCAUAUACGAUGCCCGAUGCCGGACUUUUCUUCUGGUUGCGAGUCAACGGUAUCGAAGAUGUCUAUAACAUGGUAUUCCACACUGCAUUUCAACGUGGUCUAAUGUUAGUACCGGGGCAAGCGUUCUUAUACGACAGUAACGCCCCCUGUCCGUAUCUCCGCCUAACAUUUAGUAAAAUCCGUCACGAGGACAUGGACACCGCUGUAAGCAAUCUCGUAGAAAUAAUUCGGGAAGAGCAACAACGCGCUCAACAAAAACCAAAAAGGGUCGCUACUGAAGGAUAGAUGGCGUUGUUUUGUAUUUAACUUUAAGUGCAAAGUUGACCUUAUUUAAUUUUGUAUUUACAACUUUUAAUGAAAUACUAAGUCAACAUUAAUAAUAAACUAAGAAAAUAUGAAUAAAAUUUGUUAUUUUUGUAGUAAUCUAAGAAUUCCAUUAACAAGUAAUAAUAAUUAUUAUUUUGUGUGUGAAUACUUGAAUAUUUAGUUUAGUUAUAUUAAGUAUCAUAUCUAAUAGUAUACUUAUUGUAAUAUACAAAACAAAGGGUUAUCUUUAUUUUGUAAUUAUAAUUUAUUCUGUAGGUAAUCCGAAAUCUUAAAUUGGUACAUAGUUUUAUUUAUAAUCCGCUAGAUGGUGUCUUACUGCUAAAAUACUUUGUUGUAAAUAAUAUAAUAAAACUAUAUUUAUUUGCCACAAAAUGAAUUGACUUCCCAGCUUUUUAUCAUGUGGUAAAUGUUUGUUUUUAUAUAUUUUGGUCUCUUAUAAAGUUCGUACUAAGUUUUAGCUACUGGCCGCUAGAUGGCAGACCAAAUGUUAUUGUAAAAUAUAUUUAAUUACUUUUGUACCUUUAUUUAAAUAUAAUGUUAUUUAACUUAAAUUAUAUCUCCUAUAGUCAUAUUUCUGAUUUAAGAAAUAAAAG